UUGCCAAAGCCAGCGGGUGACCGGAGUCUCGAAGCAUUAGGUUUGACAUACUGACCGUUGCAGUUAUUUAUUCUCAAAAUAACCGUCGAAAAGUUCAGUGUAACAAGUGUUAGGGUUUUUUUAUUAAUGAAAUGGUCAGGACUCUUAUACAGCGAUGGAAGAAGAAUUGGAUAUCAAAGAGCCGCUAAUGUUAACUCCUUUGAAGAAAAACAAACGUGGCCAGCUCAUCCACAGUAGUCAGAAGCUCCAGAUUAUUAAUUUACACAAGAAAUUGAAGAAAGAAAAUCCAAAAAUUUUAAAUAAAGAUGCUGUUGCUCAAUUAGCAAAAGAGACGGGUAUUGGUGCUUGCAGCAUAAAAAAUAUAUUGUUGCAGUAUAAGCGCACAGGUGCGAUUUCAACCCCAAAUAAACAGAAACGUCGCCUAACUUUCAAAGAAAAAAUCGAUGAAUUUGACAAGAGUACUAUUAGGAGAAAAGUUCACGAAUUUUAUUUCAAUGAUGAAUUACCAACGUUGAACAAAGUUCUGCAAGCUGUAAAUGCUGACGAAAAUCUCCCAAAUUUUAAACGAUCGACCUUUCACUUAUUGUUAAAGGAACUAAAUUUUACAUAUACUUGCCGACACCACCAUAGAAUCCUGACAGAGAGAGAAGAUCUAAUUGUUUGGAGAAGAAACUAUCUAAGAACUAUCAAGAGAUAUCGAGAAGAAGGUCGGCAAAUUUAUUACCUGGAUGAGACUUGGGUUAAUGUCGAUGACGACACGCAUACAAUUUGGAUAGAAGAAACAGUUAAACCCAAGAAGGGCGCAUUUCUCCGAGGGUUGUCUGAGGAGCCAACUAAUCCAAGCGGAAAAGGCAAACGAUUAUUAAUUGUUCUGCAUAUUGGCAGUGCUGCUGGUUUCGUUCCUGGUGGGCUUCUAUGUUUCGAAUCAAAACAUACGGGGGUUUAUCAUGACGAAAUGAACGAUACAUUUCUUGAAUGGUUCAAAAGUAUUUUACCAUUGCUAGACAACAAUGCUGUUAUUGUCAUGGACAACGCUCUAUAUCAUUCUGUGAAAGUGGAAAAACUGCCGAAUACUUCCUGGAAAAAAGCCGAAAUAAUGAAAUGGUUAGAAGGUAAAGGAAAAGAAAUAUCGGAGACUAUGGUAAAGGCCGAACUUUUGCAAGUUGUUGCACUACAAAAAAACAAGUUUGAUAAAUAUGUCAUAGAUGAAAUGGCAAAACAGGACAAUAAAACGGUUCUUAGAUUACCUCCGUAUCAUUGCGAACUUAAUCCAAUUGAAAUGGUAUGGUCAAUGGUUAAAGAAUACGUUAAGAGUAAUACGGAUUCUUUUGAAAUACAAGAUGUAAAACUAUUAGUUGAACAAGGUGUUAAUCGGGUAACGUCUGAACAUUGGAGUAAUUUUAUUAGGCACGUUAGAAAUGAAGAGAAAAAGAUGUGGGAGAUCGACGAUAUAGCUGAUAAAAUGAUUGAUAGUAUAUCUCCAUUACUGAUUAUCACAAACGAAACAGAUUCUGAAAUCUCUGAUAGCGAUUAUUAAUCUUGCAUGUCAAUCUCGUAUGUAAUAUUAUUAUCUACAUGUUUUUUGACUUCUAUGUGAUAUUAUUAUAAUUUUUAUGUUAUCUUUGUAUA